AUGACCAAGCUCUCCACCCCUCUCCACGUCGGUCGGCUGGACCUUUCCAAUCGCAUCGCCAUGGCGCCAAUGACUCGCUUCCGCGCCGACGACAACCAUACCCCUUUACCGAUGAUGGUAGAGUACUACGCCCAGCGCGCCUCAGUACCAGGAACUCUCCUGAUCACGGAAGCAACCUUCAUCUCGCCACGUGCCGGCGGCGCAGCUAACGUGCCUGGUAUCUACACCUCCGCCCAAAUCGCUGCCUGGAAAGAAGUUACUUCCGCCGUUCACGCCAAGGGCUCAUACAUCUACCUCCAACUCUGGGCCCUAGGCCGCGUUGCAAGCCCUGAACAGCUCAAAAAGGAAGGCGAUUUCCAACUCGUCUCUAGCAGCCCCAACCCUAUCACGCCCGGCACAACAGUGCCCCACGAGCUCACCGAAUCUGAGAUCCAAGACUGGAUCAAGGACUACGCCCAAGCGGCCCGCAACGCCAUAUCCGCGGGCUUUGACGGUGUCGAAAUCCACGGCGCGAACGGCUACCUCAUCGACCAGUUCAAUCAGGACACCGUGAACACUCGUACAGACCGAUGGGGUGGCAGCGUCGAGAACCGCGCCCGCUUCGCACUCGAAGUAACCCGCGUCGUGGUCGAUGCCGUGGGUGCAGACCGCACAGGUAUCCGAUUCAGUCCCUACAGCACAUUCCAGGGAAUGCGCAUGGAUGACCCAGUACCGCAAUUCAGCUACCUUGCGAGCAAGAUAGCGGAGUUCAAGCUUGCAUAUGUGCAUGUUGUCGAAUCGCGGGUUGCCGGAAACACUGAUGUUAUUGGGGCGACGGAUCAAUUGGACUUCUUCCUCGAGGCGUAUGGUAAGGUAGGGCCAGUUAUUAUUGCUGGAGGGUACAAGCCUGAUUCAGCGAAGGAGGCAGUUGAUGGGAAGUAUAAGGAUUAUGAUGCGAUUAUUGGGAUUGGAAGGCCAUUCAUUUCAAACCCUGAUCUGGUGUUCAGGAUUCUCAAGGGGGUAGAGCUGGUUCCUUACAAUAGGGACACUUUCUAUCCCGCCAAGGACCCGAAGGGGUACAUUGAUUAUGAGUUUAGUGCCGAGUUUAAGACUGCCCAGGUGGCAGCUUGA